AGGAAAAAGAGGAAGACUUUUGGGACAGGGAGCAUGAAAAGACUGAGAGAGAAAUACUGAGAAAGAAAGAGGUGGGAGGAAAACCAAGUUCAAUCGCAUUAAGCAAUGACACCCUUGUAAACACAUGGUAGCCUCAGCAUGCGCAUUGCUCUCGCCAUCCUCACUCCAGCCCAGGAAUUUCCCAAACUCCUUUCAGCUCGGAGAGUAUCUCUGCCAGGCUGAGGAGUUUGGGGCUCCUGGGGGCUCUUUGGGGGCUGAAGGUGGUGGUGGAGGUCUCAGAGUGAGGAAUUCAGGAGCAGAAUGAGUGGCUCCCCACCUCGUUCCCCCCCAGUGCUCCAGCGUUCUCACUCCCUCUCCUCCCUGCCUCCGUGCCGGGACCCCUGGCCAGACUGGACACAGGGCAGUGGGAAUGAGCAGAAUCCUGGGACACAGGACACCAACAACACUUCAUUACCCAGUAAGAAACAACUGAGACAGCAGGCAAAAGACCAGGAAGUCCAUCACACCAGUGAAACAACAGCAGGCUGCAGGCAGGACCCCACCCCAAGCCAGGAGGUGAUCAGCACGAUGAGUGGCCAGCGCCCCAGUGGCUCCGUGGACAAAGAGAGAGGCAGUGGGGAGAGUGAGGAAGAUUCAGAUUCUGAUGACCUGGGCACUUCCUUGGAUGAACAGUCCAUUCUGGAGCGACUCGGCCUUAAUAGCAUGCAGCUGACAGAAGAGGAGACAGAGUCUGCCUUUGCCCAGCUGUCCCUGGCAUUCCGCUGCGACCAGUACACCCUGAAGAGAAGGCUGCAGGCCGAAGAGAGAGCCAGAGACGUCGCUGAGGAGAACUUCCGCCAAGAGCUGGAGAAUGGCCGGGCCACGCUGCAGACCCUGAAAGGCCUGUUUGUGGACAGCAAGCGUGGCAGGAUCGUGCAGAAGCUGGAGCAGAGCCUGGAGGUCCUGUCCAACACCAUAGAGCGCAUUUCCAGUACCGCAGAGCUUCUGGGGGCUGUGCACCAGGAGGCACGAGUGAGCCACGCAGUGGAGCUGAUGGUCGCUCACGUGGAGAACCUGAAGCGGCGCCAUGCGCGUGACCAGACUGAGCUGGAGGAGACCAAGAGGAUGGUGCUGAGGAACUCUCGCAGCCGUCGCCUCAGUGAGUCGCAAGAAGAUGGUGACCUGAGGCAGAAAACAUACCUGAGACACUCCCAGCACGGUGCUCGGCGAAGGGUCAGCAUUGCGGUGAUUCCCAAACAGGCCCAGCUGCACAGCUCCGAUUCCAGAGGCUCAGACGAUGGGAAAAGCAGUGUGGAGACAGAUUUCUUCUGGGCUCUAGGGGAUGCCAGCCAGCCCAGCAGCAGGCAGCCUAUAGUCCUGCAGGAAUCAUCUGCAGACAGCAGCUCCCCAGAGGGGCAAAGGGACCCCUCCCCCCUCCCAGCCACAGGACACCCUGGAGACAGCAACUGCGAAAAAGAGGACUUGUGUUCUAACAGGUCGGCCCAGCAGACACUGCGAUUCCGGCGCAGGAGCAAGGAGGUGAUGCAGCCAGGCCUGGCUGGGGAGGGAUUGGAGGCGUUGGAGGAGUUCAGUGACCAUGACACCUUUGCUCUUGAAAGGUGUGCCCACUCCAUUGAGCGGCGCCCCCUGCUGCACGGGCUGUGGCAGUGUGGCUGGUUCCUCCUCUGGCUGUUCCUCAUGGCGGUGGCCUGCACCCUACUGACUGCCAUCUUGUUGUGGCGUCUGCGACCUCUGAACCUCUGGGCAUGACUUCUGUGUGCCACUGGCCCGUCCUCGGACACACAGGAUCUCUGGCCCCCCGGCCUCUGUGUCCUGCUCGUUAGAUUCUGCCAUUACAGAGUGCAGGAUGCUAUGACAUCACCCUUAUAAAGGAUUAUUAUGGUGCAGUAUUUUAAAUGAAGAGUAAAGCCUAAUAUAGCACAAUGAAAUGUAAUGCAAAAUUAUGGUAAAAGCAAUGGUUUUGAAACAAAGUGGAAUAAAGGUUAAGUAAACUAAA